UCGAACUACACAUAAAGACGAUUUUUUGUUAAGGAAAGACAUAUAGUGUGCGAGUGUUGCUAAAGACUUUCAAACUAUGCUACUUUUGUUUGUGUUCUACUUUGUGGAAGCUAUUGUUGCCUGUAUUCCAACCCAAGAGACGGAGCCAAUUACACCAUCAUGUUCUGCAUGCACUCCAAACUAUGACACUAGUUGUAUGGGAUAUAACAUGCCAUCGGCUAUUGAUUGGUGCGCUAUUGUUACGGUGCCAUACACAUUUACAGCCGGGACACCUGAUACAUGCACAGCAAAUCUACCAUGUCCUGCUGGAACCAAACCUCAAUUUGAUACUGGAUACGGAUUUGAAGAUGGCGCCAAUGGAGCUAUAACUUGUGAAGAAACAGGACCAAACAUGGGAAUAUGGAGUGCGACGGUCAUUGCUGGUGCAAGAGAUUUUACAAAUAUGAGAUGUCAAGUUAUAUAGGUUUACUUAUAAUAAAUGUUUUGCUGUA